AUGAAGGCCUUAAUCAGGAGAGAAUUCCAGACCUCAAGGUGCAACGAAAUUAAAGCCCGAACAAAGGAGAAACAGUGGGCAGUGGCAAUCACCGACAUAGCCGACUGGCCAAGAAUCGAAGCCGUUGCUGAAUUUAGACUACGUACCGGACACGAUUGCCUGGCAAAACACCUUCACAGAUUGGGAGUAUACACUCAACCCACAUGUCACCUACAUGAUGAAGAAAUUCUGGAAAUCGUAGAGGAAUCAAAGGUUUUCGCCAUUCGAAACCAACAUUUGUAUACUCAUACUCUAGUUAACAGUAAUAUGGCUGAAGGUGUUGAAAAACUGGCCAGACUCGUUACUAGACUUGAACAACAACCUGGUUGGAUACCCGCUGGUUGGGCAUAUGAGAUGAGCCUGCCCAAGUCAUUCGAAAAGAACGGCAAUGGAACCUAUCACCUCCCCGGUUUGAGCGCAAUUUCGAGCUCAGAGAUACCCGGUCUUCCAAAUGAUACCCAGUCCGUUCUCGGGAGAGGAGCAAGCUCUGUUUUGUCAACGGCUUCUCCUGAAUCAGCAUUCCGACUCGCUAGACCUCCUUCAGUUUGCAGUUCGUUGCAAAUUAAAGGAGUGGCAGCUGUAAAGAGUGGAUACGGAACAGGAUCUGGUCACAGAAGGUAUGAAAAACGGGCUCAGCGUCCAGAAACACCACUGACUCCGGUGUCUUUGGCACAGAGUUCCGAAGGCGCUCCAAGUACUCAAACAGGAUCGGAAUCAUUUCCUCCAGAACAGAAAUUCGCUCCAAAAUCGUCCGAGAAGAUGCAACAAUCUGUGAGGCCGAAUUUGAGGAUGCCAUUGGCUAACGAAACGCCGAGAAUUUUGAAUCAAUCGAACAGUGCGCAGAUCCGAACAAAAGCCAAUGCACCCGUAAAGGCAGUUCAAGGAACAGGGGCUGCAACAAAAGCAACUGAAGACGAUGACGCUAUCAGCAGCACCUCUUCAGAGGAAGAUUGA